CCCAACUGCUUUUGUUUUUUAAUCGCCGGUCUGCCGUACGUUACAACUCCCAAAAAAAUAUUUGAACCAUUUUGUAUCAACUUUUAAUUUUAUUUAAACAGUCAAACUGGUGUUCAUUAGAAAUUGUAUUCAAUCUAUAAACAAAUUAAAAGCGAUGACGGUGAUAACGCUUAUCUCGUCCAACAAAUGCUUCGGUGGUCUGCAGAAGAUCUACUCGCACCAGUCCAAAGAGUUGGACUGCGAGAUGAAAUUUGCCAUCUUUCUGCCGGCAGCCGUUGAAGACGGCAAACGCCCGGUGCUCUACUGGCUGAGCGGGCUGACGUGUAACGAGACCAACUUUAUCCAGAAAUCCGGUGCUCAGCGUUACGCCGCGGAUCACGGAUUGAUUGUGGUCUGCCCGGACACAUCCCCUCGGGGAGUCAAUCUGCCUGGGGAGGAGGAUUCGUGGGAUUUCGGGAGCGGUGCCGGAUUCUACGUCGACGCAAGUAAGGAUCCGUGGAGCAAGCACUAUAAAAUGUUUAGCUAUGUCACCCAGGAGCUGAUCGACGUAAUAAACAACAACUUUCCGACCGUUCCGGAGAAACAGAGCAUCGCUGGGCACAGCAUGGGUGGGCACGGUGCCUUGAUAUGUGCAUUGAAGAAUCCAGGUCUUUACAAAUCGGUUUCGGCUUUUGCUCCCAUCUGCAAUCCGAUCAAGUGUCCUUGGGGGACGAAAGCAUUCGGCGGAUACUUUGGAGAGGACGAUAAAGAAGAAUGGAAAAACUGGGACGCGACUGAACUUGUCGGAGGCUAUAAUGGGCCUCCGUUGGAGCUGUACAUCGAUCAAGGGGCGGAGGACAGUUUUCUCAAGGAUGGUCAGUUACUGCCGUACAAUUUGGUCGAUGCUUGUAAGGCUGCUCAGUUUCCUUGCGUGUUGAGCAUGAGAGAUGGAUACGACCACAGCUAUUUCUAUGUAGCUUCAUUUAUUGGUGAACAUAUUGCUUAUCACGCUGAUCAUUUGAAGUAGAUUUCCGAUGGUCACAUUAUGUGCCUAAUUGAAAUGAUAUUUGUAUGUAUGUAUUGAAAAGAUGGAAAAUUGUAAGCUAGAAGCUAUUUUUAUAAAAGUAA